UCCUCAAAAGCCAACCGCGCCUCCCUAGUCGAAGAAGCCUCAAAAGCCAAACUAACAGGCCGAGACGCCGCGCGGCUCGAGAAACAACGCAAACUCGCCGAAGUCCUUCGUUCCAAGGCUGACGCGGAGGAACGCGGCGAGGACGUGGAGCGUGCGAAGAAUUGGGGGUGGACGAUUGAGGAGAACGAUGAGUGGGAGAAGAAGCUUGCGAGGAAGGCAAGGAGGGCGGAUUUCGAGUUUCAUGAUGACGCUCAUGCUGCUAGGAGGAGAUAUAAGAAGGAUUUGGACCUUAUUAAACCGGAUAUGGAGGCAUACAAUAAGCAAAAAGCCAUUGCGAUGGGUUAUGCACCUGACGCGAAUACUCUGAUAUAUGGUGACAAUAAACCCUCAGAAGAAGCGAUUGACCGCGUGGUCGGCAAGAUCAACAAGGACAUUGACAAGAAGGGCAAAUUCUCAAGAAAGAGGCUCAACGAGGAGGAAGGCGAUAUCACUUAUAUCAACGAACACAAUCGGGUGUUCAACAAAAAGAUUGCGCGGUACUACGACAAAUAUACAUCAGAGAUUCGGGCCAGCUUCGAGCGCGGCACAGCGCUGUAA